UAUCUCCGUAACUGUAUCCUCGUCAGUUUUUACUAAAAGCGAAAGGGGGGGGGGGUCUUAUUUAUUCCGGGAAAUUUAAUUCUGCAAUAGUCUAAUAUAUAUUGACACGUACACGUCACGUCCUUUCUGGAACAUUCUUCCAAACGGCGUGGUCAUCAAUUUGGUGCAGCAUCAAUUCUAUCCAUAUCACUUUAAAAUAUGCCCAAGACCAAAUCAAAAAGGGGGGCACCCAGAUCCACGACGUCGGACCAGUCUCAGCAUGCUCAAGCAGUACAGACAGGGCGUAAUCGCAGGACACGGAGGAGCAAUGCUGACCCCAGUGUAGCACAUGACAGAGUCCAGCCACAGAUACCUGUCGUCCAGCCUCAGAUACCUGUCUUCCAGCCCAAAGACCACUUUCAACCCCCACAGCGGGUGCAGCCUGGGGUAGAAUUAACGCCGAGUACAGCAGUGGGACUUGUUCAGGAACCUGGCACCUACAGCCGACCACAACCCUCAGCUAAUCCCAGCUUCGUUCCAGAGGCUGCUUUGUCAAGUGAAAUAAGCCGCCUUUUACACUCAUCCUUGUCAGCAAACACCAACCAAGCAUAUAUGGUGGGUAUUCAGGCAUUCAACCAUUUCCGUAGCAUUCAGGGACUACCUAACACAUGGCCACCACCGGAUGCUCACAUCAAUACAUUUAUUGCACAUUUAUCCAUACACGGUUACAAGCAAUCCACAGCUAAAGCAUACAUCUCUGCCAUUAGUUUUUAUUGCAAACUCCACUGGAAUGCGGAUCCGACUAAGCAUUUUAUAGUGCAGAAAUUGUUGCAGGGUAUGAAGCGCACAAAUUCAAUAUCGGAUGCCCGUUUACCUAUCACAUUGGGCAUUUUGGAACUAAUCAUAAAUAAACUACAGGUGGUAUGCUCUAGCACGAAUGAGACCCUUCUUUUUAAAGCAUCAUUCUCACUAGCUUUUAAUGCCUUGCUUAGGAUAGGGGAAUUUGCUUUGUCAAAGGGCAAUUCUGUGGAUCGGGUUUUACAUACUGGGGACAUUUCCCUGCACACUAACUAUUUAACAAUUCACAUUAGAUAUUCGAAAACUGACCAAUUAGGUAGGGGCACCACAUUGACAGUACAUAAGAUGACCGGAACUACUUGUCCAAUACAGGCCAUGCACGAUUAUAUUGAGGUUAGGGCACCGAAAGCGGGGCCAUUAUUUUGUCAUUACUCUGGUCAGCCUCUUACUCGUUUCCAGUUUACCUCAGUUUUGUCACGCUCGCUUAAUUUAGCGGGGAUAGACAGUAGGCACUUCAAAUCCCACUCAUUUCGUAUUGGUGCAGCAACUACACUCGCACAACAAGGCAUGUCAGCCGAAGUUAUUCAAGCGGCAGGUCGAUGGAGAUCUGUUGCAUAUCAGUCAUAUAUUCGCUAAUCUCUUAACGUUCAUAUGCCUUGGGUAUUUGCAUGCCUAACAUUCACCAAGUUUUUCAUAGGUCAAAUUAAAGUGUGGAUUGUUGGAUCCUCCAUUAUUAAGAGGGCAGCAGUGGCUACCAGAUCCAGGACAGGGAGACCAAACCUUAACGUUCCAAACACGACCAUUUGGUGGCAAGGUUACGGGGGUAUGAAUUUAUACGAGUUGGUGCCGAAACUUAAAAUAUUACAGCAGGUGCAAGAUAUUCCUGAUCUUAUCAUUGUUCAUUGUGGGGCAAACAACCUAGGCCGUACCAACCUGUGGUCACUAGUCAGACUUCUUCAGUCUACUGUACUAGAAAUAACCAAACUUUUUCCUAGUGUGAAAUUAGUGUGGUCCUCACUGCUACCUAGAUUUAGUUGGCGUUAUUCUACACAGAUACAGGCAAUGGAAAACGCCAGAGCAAGAAUUAACAGGGAGGGUAUUAGGCUAAUAGCUUCAAAGGGUGGGGCGUUCAUCAAACACACACAAUUUGAAGCUAAGCCCGUUCACCUGUAUCAUUCUGAUGGUGUGCAUCUGUCACAGCUCGGGAAUGACUUAUUUCUCAAUAAUCUACAAGGUGCCCUUGAAACCUUCAUUGGUGGCAGGGUUAAUGCGUUUCCUUAGACCUGUUUCGAUUUGCAGCAAUCUGGU